GGCGGCGGCGGCGGCGGCGAGGAGCGGGAUCGGGAUCGGGAUCCGGGCGCGGGGCGGCCCGAUGCGGAGCUGCUCCUGCUGCACCCGGAGCUGCUCUCGGAGGAGUUCCUGCUGCUCACGCUGGAGCAGAAGAAUAUACCUGUUGAAAACGAUGUAAAGAGGGACAAGGAUGGACUCACGGAUCUCUAUGUUCAACAUGCUAUACCACUGCCCCAGCGGGACUUACCAAAAAACAGAUGGGGAAAAAUGAUGGAAAAGAAGAGACAGCAAAAUAACUUGAAAAGUGAAAAUAAAAGUGUUACAGCAGUGGAAGGCUUGAGAAAACGGCCGCUCAUUGUGUUUGACGGCAGCUCAACGAGCACCAGCAUAAAAGUGAAGAAGACCGAGAACGGAGCYGCCGACCGCCUCAAGCCUCCCCCAGGCGGGAGCACCACCAACACCGUUAGGAGAUUAUCCGGUCCUUCAAACGCCUCCACGUACAUUUCAGCUUCUAGUUUAUCAGAGGACACUAAGCUGGAACCUGGGAAUAACGAGGCUAAGCAGAACAGUAUUUCAAAGACUGAUAGCAAUGUGUUGGCUAGCUUGAAGGUGUAUCCUUUGUCCUCAGUAGCUGGAACUACAGUUGUGAAGUUAAAGCGAGCUGUUCCAAAAGAAGAAUCUGACUUGGGGAAUGACCUAAAGCCUACAGAAGCAAAGAAGAAAAUCCAGCACGUUACAUGGCCAUGAAGUAGCAAAUGGUGCUCAAAACAUAAAUACUGCUUCCAUAUUUUUUGAUCAGAUAAGUCAUAUUCGAACCGUUUAGUUCACUUAUUUUUAGACUUUACAGGGAUUGAUUCAGAUUGCCGUGGAGUUUUAACAAGUUUAAAAUUUUCCUAUGGUAAAGCUGACGUCAUUAUCACCGGUCACCUUAAGAGUGUCUGCUAUUGUUCACUGAGUGCUUCAUUCCCCCUUUAAAAGGUGGUAGUAUUACAGUAUACUAAACGCCUUUGUUUUCAGUUCUCAAGUUUGUUAUAGUUCAUCUCCUGCAUGUCCCUACAAAUCAUGCAUCUAAUAUGAAUUUUUUUUUAUUUGUUUUCGGCAAGCUUCAAUUUUGAUCCACUUUUGGUUAAAUAGUUAAAAUUGUUACUAAACUCAUGAAGUUUCUUGGCUUCAUAAAGGUAAUUAAUUUAGAUGAAGAGAYUGGCCAUUCUGCUGACCAGAUAACCUGAGGCAAUUUUCUUUUUUUUCYUUUUUGUUACGCAGAACAGAGGCGUAGAAUUUACAGGCAGAUUGGGUUGGUAAUAAGAGAUGAACUAUGUAACAGCUCUGCUUCAAAUUGAAGUUGCUCUUAUUGUCAUACGAAAUGCACAGGCGCAUUUCGUGGUGGUGGAAGCUUCGUGGUGGAAGCUUGUUACUAGGCUGUCUGUGAGGGGUCUUUGAGAGGAAGUGAUGAAUGGAUUAGUGCCACGCUCUUUUAUAUACACAGAGGCAGAUUCUGGACAUAGGUUAAAUGUGCCAGUAUGCCUGGGUAGCAUAUUUGMUCGCUUUCCUGGUUACAAUCAUGCUCAUAAAAUAUGAGAGGAACAUGUGGAAUGCAGGUGAGGGCUACCUGGAAGCUGGAGAGGAAGAGGAAUAUUGAUGUACGGAGUUGGACUCUUAAAUAAAUAAAUAAGUCUUUAUCUUCUCUUCCUGUGAUUAUUGGAGGUAGACAUUGAUUUUUCUGUAUGGAUUUCCGUGGGGUAAUUGUUAGUGCCAUAUGCAGCAGGAAUCCAAUUGAGUCGAUGGAAAAAAAAAAUCUUAUUAAUUUGUUGUGGCUAAGAAUGAAGCCAGUACAGAUCCAUUUAAGAUGGAUGAGGUAAAACAUAAUGCUUCCAGAUUUGCUUUAAAAAUUACUUCUGAGUGAACUUCAGAUUUGCAGAAAUCCUGGUGUUUGCUUAGUUAACCCACUAAGAGAUGCUGUCAGUAGUGACCUGAAAGCUUGUUUACAUUUUAAAUAUUUAGCAUUGGAAGCAAAAUCUGUAGCGUAACCAUUACUGACAGAAACUCUCCAUUCACUGUUACGACGUAAAAGGCACUUCUGGAAUGCUGUAAAACRGUUAGAAUGUGUGUUUGGACAUGUCAUGUGCUGUUUCCCUUUUACUAAACACUUGUGCAGGUUUUGUACUCGAGUACAGCAAACUUUAACGUAAUGUACAUUUUGUAUGUAAAGAGUUGUCUUUUAAG